CGCGAGCGAAUCAGUGGUUGAAGCGCACGGUCCCACCUUCUUGAGGAAGUAACCGAUAUUAGCAGACACGGUGGAAGAAGCCUUCUCUCCUACUAACCCCACUUUAUGCCGUGAACACAGGAGCCAUUAUGCCAUACACAUCACUAAAAGCCCCUAAGUUUACUGUAAGGGGGAAAAGUGCCAUCAUCACUGGGGCUGGAUCAGGAAUAAACUUAGCAUUCGCAAAAUUACUGUUGUCCAAAGGCUGUAAUGUCCUCUUCGCAGACAUUGCACUGCGGCCCGAGGCACAGAAUGUCGUAGACGAAUAUACGCCAACAGGAGAGGCUGGCAAGCCAUCUGCUAUAUUCCUUCCCACCGACGUCACACAUUGGGACCAAUUGAGCAAGAUGUUUGAAGUGGCCGAGAAAGAAUUCGGACAAAUAGACUUGGUCUGCCCUGGUGCUGGCAUCUACGAGCCACACAAUUCAAACUUCUGGCAUCCCCCCGGUACUCCAUUAUCAAGAGACCUACCAGAUGCUGGCAGAUACCUGACGUUAGACAUUAACCUCACACACCCGAUACGAACGACCCAACUGGCAAUCUCUUCCUUCCUAAACCCCAAGACAGGUGACAAAGCCAGUAUAGCUAAUCCAAAACGAAUUAUCCAUAUAUCUAGUAUAGCUGCGCAAGGAGCGCCCGUGUUCGUGCCGAUCUACUCAGCCACGAAGGCAGGGCUAAGCUCCUUCGUCCGUUCCCUGGGUUCUCUGGAACAUACGAACGGCAUCAGGGUCAAUGCUGUAGCACCAGGCGUCAUCGAGACACCAUUAUGGAGAGAGCAUCCCGAGAAGAUGCACAUGAUAGAUGAAAGUGUGGACGUCUGGGCAACCCCUGAGGAAGUUGCAGAAGCUAUGCUGUCAUGUGUCGAAAGUGAUAAUAUGGUAGGAGGUACAAUCCUAGAGGUCGGACACAAGCACACAAGGAGGAUACGGCAAUACAAUGAUCCAGGACCAAGUGGAAAGGGCCAUACAGCCACCAAGGCACACGUAGCACAGCAAGAAGUGUACGACUGGCUGAGUCAAGAUGGAUGGGGCAAGCCCGCGGUCUGAUUGCCUGGUGCCAUAUUAGGGUUGUUGCUUUCUUGAGGCCGUGUCUUUAUAUAUAUCGUCAACGGAGAACAAUAGAAUGGCUCGCUUUGCAAGGUUGAACAGAGCCAUUGUAUCCCAACGACUUAGUCAAAAGUAGGCUGCUGGAUUGUGUUUCACGUAAUGCGUGAAGUUCUGUUAGGAAAUGUAAGGGAGGGCCGGCCAGACUUUGUGCUGACCGCGAUGAUAACCUUUGCCAUAUCAUAUGCUGACUUUUGGCUUCCGGACGAUUCCAACUGAUUGGAUUAGUUAGCCAUGCCGAUCGGGUGGUGGCCAGGUGGC